UCAAGAGUUUUAAGGCCUUGGCUCCGAAACGUCAUUUGUGACUUGGUCAUCAUGGCGGUCCAAUGGCUUUUCCUCGCCCUGCUGCCGUGGGCGGCGCACGCCCAACUGCUGUUUGGGAAUCGUUCCACAUUGGAGGAGUUGGCCAAGGCGGCCGAAGCAGUGCAAGAGGAGGCGAGUGCCACCGAUGGAUUCACCCAUCCAACGCUCUGCGAUUCCAGCGUGAAUCAGACAGCCGGUUACAUCUCAGUGAACUUGGUCACCAAGUAUUUCUUCUGGCUCUUUGAAUCCAAAACGAACCCCUCCAGCGCGCCGCUGGUGAUGUGGCUCUCCGGUGGCCCGGGCUGCUCGUCGCAGUUGGCCCUCUUCGCGGAGAACGGGCCGUGCAAGGUGGCCCGGAACGGUCAGUUCACCUACAGGAAUUCCGCUUCCUGGCACUAUGCAGCCAAUGUCAUGUGGGUGGACCAGCCUGCUGGUGUCGGCUUCUCUACGAGAAUUGGCACUCAUGAUGAGAAGGGCGUGGCCAACAAUAUGUUGGUGUUCUUGCAGAAGUUCUUUGCGGCCUUCCCGCAGUACCAGAACACGAACUUCUACAUCUUCGGUGAGUCCUACGCAGGACACUACGUACCAGCCAUCACCCACCGGAUUUGGAGUGCGAACAAGGCUGAGGAAGGACAGAAGAUCCCUUUGAAAGGUCUUGCCAUCGGGAAUGGGUUGACCGACCCCUUGGAGCAGUACAAGUGGUAUCCGGAGAUGGGCCACUUCGGUGGGCAGCAAGAGGGUGGCCAUGCGCCGCAGAACGUGAUCAGCAAGGGGGACUACUACAUCAUGAAGGGCCUGGUGCCAGCCUGCGAGCUGGGCAUCGUGGCCUGCAACCGAGGCGUCGACCCGGACCCCACCAGCGGGGGCGUGGUGAACGCCUCGGCGUGCUUUGCGGCCUACGACGCGUGCAACUUCAUGGCGAUCAUGCCCUACGAACUCACCGGCAAGAAUCCCUACGACAUGCGCAAGAUGUGCACCCAUGGCCGUUUGUGCUAUGACUUUGACAUGAUUGGCACAUACCUCAACAAGCCCGAGGUGCAAACGCAGCUAGGUGUGCAAAAGAAAUGGGGAUCUUGCAACUAUGCCGUGGAUCUCUCCUUCGUGGCUGCUGGUGAUUGGCUCCUCCGCUAUCAGAAUCUCUUGCCAGAUCUUCUGGCAGAUGGCAUUGAUGUGCUGAUCUAUGCAGGCGAUGUGGACUACAUCUGCAAUUGGCUUGGAAACAAGGCCUGGACGACGAAGCUGGACUGGGCGCAUGCGGCGGAGUUCCGCCAGGCGCCAGACGAGGACUGGAAGCUGGAUGGUCGCACGGUGGCCAAGCUCCGCUCGUCCAAUGGCUUGAACUUCAUGCAAGUCUUCGAGGCGGGCCACAUGGUGCCCAUGGAUCAGCCCAAGGUGGCCUUGCAGAUGGUCAGUGACUUUGUGUACGGCAAACUGGGCAAGAAGUCCAUGAGUGAGUCAAGUGAAGCGCUGGUGGUUUAGAUGACUGUUCCAUCGCUGAUGGAGAGAAAGAUAGAGAAAGAUCAUGUAGCCAGCGGCAGUGGACGAGUCAUACAAUUUCGAGCAAGUAGAAGGGUGUGGCAAGCUUGCCCCUGCCACAUCCAAGCGAAAGGCCAGCACCAAGUUGGCAAAAGCCCUGAUUGGUGCGACUCAGUUGCUUGCAGUUGCCUUGAUUGGAGGCACCAA